GGCUCGACUGAGCCCACGAAAUCCGACUUCUCCUGCUUACAUUGCACGCGCCUGCCGGGCGUUCUUCUGUGGGGCAGUGGACUAGCAGAGGCCAGAGAACGGUUGCAGACUCUCUCUGUAGCAAUGAUAGUCAGAGUUUGUUGAGCUCAUAACCAAAAUCAAAAAAUACCGAAUGGGCGCUUCGGAAUCCAUUCUAUCGAGCUCACAGGCACUCGCUGAUGAAAUCACCACCGUCUCCGAGCGAAUGGAAGUGGUUGACCCGAUCUUAGAAAGGCUCAAAUCCCUGAAAAUGACAACGCCUAUAUUAACUUCACCACCCGCAGAGGGCAGUUUGACUGAUAUUCUGGUGAGGAAACCAUCUGCUUCUUCUGCUCCUGCCACUGUGAAUCCAAAGAUACUACUUCAGCUAUUUUCAAUGUACCGAGCUUGGCAGGAAGAGAAGACCCAGAAGAUCAGCAAGAAACAGGAAGAGAUAGAAAACAAGAUAGAAGUUGCAGAUGCUUUGGCGGUUAAACUUCAUCAGCUCCUAAAUUACUCAGUCUCAGCUAUGAAGACGACUUCACAACAUCUAUCAGAAGUUCAUGGAUUGCAGGUGGAGAUCGGCGAGCUUAAAGGGAGGUUAACCGAAGUUAUCAGUAAUUGUGAUGCAUUGCGCAAGAGAAUUGCCGCAGAGGGACCAGAAUCUCUCAGGUCAUCUAUCAAGCCAUUCCAGGUUGCCGUUUCCGAGUCCCCCACAUCCUCUUCUACACAAAGAGAGCUCAACAGAAAGACACCUUCUAGUGAAUGAAAUUAGGCCUGGGUUUACUUCCCUUCUCUUUUCCCUCCACUUCUUGUAUAUAUAAUAGUAAACAUUAUUCUUCAACUAUUCUCAUUGUUCAUUGGAUUAUGAUCAAA